AAAUGUGACGAGAAGACACCUAAAACCAAUUUAGCCUAUAGAGAGAACACAAAUUAAAAGUACUCCAGUUAGAUCAAUGAACAUGAAAUUAAAUACCCAGUGCUUAUGCAUUUUAAUUUUGAUUUCACUGCAUAUAAGUCAGUGUUUGGACACUUUGAUGAUUGUUAAGAAGCUGUUUGAGAAAGUCAGGAGUUCACAGAUUCAGAAAACAACCAAAAGCCUUCCUCCAUUUUCAUGGCACAAGGAGAAAGGACUGUUUGAAAGUCAUGUCAAGCUGUAUUUUCAUGGAUCAUUUAGUGAGUUUAUGCUCCGUGAAGGAUUUGAAAUAUUUGACAAUAACAAUUUUGCCACAGCUUGGAUUACAACAGCUCUUCUUGAGGUUCACCAGUUGGAAAACAAUGGAACUUACAUUGAUGAGGAGUUGAUUUUAAAUGCAGUGAAAGCCAUGGGGAACUUUGUUGAUAAAAAUAAUAAAUUCAACACAUCUGUUCAAACAUUUUGGCCCCAAACAUUUAAUGAAACUGUGGCCACAUGGCAAAGCACACCACAGAAUUUGUUGCAACUCUUUGCUCUAUUUGAUGAUAUUCCAUGGUCUGUGAUUUUAAACUUUAUUCAAAAACUGCAUUUAGCUGAUGCUGAAAUGAUAAAGAAUAUCAAACAACUGCUGCAGGAGAAUACCUUCCCACAGAUUCUGUACAAAAUAAAUCAUGAGCUGCAGUAUGCUCGUAAAGAUUUGGAGGAGGCUCUUAAACAUGCUGGGGGUGACAUACUGGCGGCCAGAAAGAGGGUCAUGUGGCUGGAGGAUCGUAUGGGAACAUUGUGCGGAAAAGUUCGUCUCAGGGGCCAGCCUGUUUCUCAGAGGGUGUCACAUCGGACCAGAGGCUCUACUGAUCGUGGUCAGCUGACCCUGACCUUUAGAUCAGACAGUGAUGUCAGCGAUGAAGAAGACAGAUUCCCAAGACAGAAGUCCCUACCUCCGAUUCGCCAGACACAGGAUGUUGACUCUGAUGAGGAGGACAACAGGGGGAGGGGCAUGGCAGGUGGGAGGGGCCGGAUGGUGGAAACACCCUCCAUCAGUGGAUCCGAGGAUUUCCAGGAUAUGCAAAUUAGGCGACCCGGAAUGAUGUACACUCCUUCCUCAGAGGCAAGUUCCUCCAUCUCCCCUGUUAAAAUGGGAAUGAUGCAGCACCGUGGGCCACGGUAUGACUCUGAUGAUUCUGAUGAUGAGGAUUCCAGCCCUCAGCCCAGUCCGAUCCCCAAGAAAGGACCGGUGACAGCAGAGGAGAAGAGGGAAUCCAGCGAAGGAGGGUCGGAGGCAGAGGACCACAUUGGGGAACUGCCCACCAUGUUUAGCAGGGGCAACCGGGAGAUUAGUGCCCCCCUAAGGCAUUCUUCACCAGAGAUGGUCUCCCUGCCCAAACCGGUUGUGGAGGAACAGCCAAUGGUUAAGGAGGAUCAGCAGCCUCAAGAAGAAUCUGAAGAAAAGGUUGAGAUUACAGGAAAAAGAGGAGGCAGAGGUGAAGGAAUGGAGGAAAAGGCAGGGGAGGAGGCUCCAAAGGAGGAAACCUCGGAGGAAACUGUGCCAGGGGAAGGAACUGAGAAUGCCCCACAGGAAAAGACUUUUAUAACUGAGGUGUCUGUGGCCACCAAUAAAAGUCGGGUCACCAUUGUGUCUCCCAAGAGAGAGGACACUCGACAAGUUAGUCAGAUUGCCAUAAGUUGUAAGGAAUUUUAUGGUUCUCCUAAAAGACACACUAUCAUGAAGCGAGUUCAGGAGAUACUGAGAGAAGCCCUGUGUGGUAAAAUGACCACCUCUAUUUUGAUGUCCUACAAAACUGACAGUGAUGGGUCAGUGUUUUAUGACGACUUUCUCGGCGAUGGGGAUAGAUCACUUUUCAUCAAUAAAACAAUUAAAAGAGGUGAGGAUCGAAUAUUUACAACAUCUAUGGCAAUCAACGCAUUAUUAACAACAUGGACUUCCUACGAUAUUGCAAGAAAGAGGCUGACAUGGGUAAAAGGUGUGCCAACCAAAGUAGUUGAUGUGGUAAAGAGAGCUGUACAAUGGAUGUGUAGAAAUGUCCUGUCCAGAAAGUAUCGGCCUUGGAAUGCGUUCUUCUCGGGUUCAGUGAAAAGUUUUAAUUCCAUGCCAUGGUGGUAUCCUUCUAACCGUAAGGAGUACCUGAAUGGAACCUCUAUAGCAGACGACACCCACAUUCCAAGUGAUGCCACAAUUAUAGCUAUGCAGGGAGUGAAGUCCCCAGAAUGGUACAAUACUCAGCUCAACAGAAAACAUUUUGGAUUCAAUGUUCCCAUGGUAUUUCAUGGAUAUAAUGCAGAGAAAGGGCCUUUUCCCUUUUGGAGUUCAGAACCUUACACAUAUGUUUCAGCCAUGUUAUCAUUGGUUAAAUACAAAAAUGUGAUGACCGAGCCAUAAUACUGUUGGUUCUUUUAUACGUUUUUGUGCCAUAAAAUCUUUUUUUAAUGAUAAAUGCCAUGAUUUAUCCGGAUGAGUGUACUGUAUUUGCCCCAGCAUUACAUUCCAUUGUUGCUCAAAGAAGAUUAAGCAGAUCUGUCUUUGUUUUACUUUCUUGUACAUUUACAUUCUUAUACCAUUAGUAAUUGUGAAACAUUAUGUUGUGUUUUUGCAAGAUAUACCGCUGAUCAUUUUUUGAAUAUCCUACAGAAUGACUGAAUCUUUUAAACUUGCAAGCACUAAUAGUUUUGUCUAUGCAAUUUUAUACCUCAGGUUUUUGUGACUUGAAAAAUGUUGUUAUAUGAUAAGCAAACAUAGAUUUUCAUUUAUAGGGGAAAAAUCAUUUUUGAUCUGGACAAAUGCUUCAUACAGUAUUAAAAUUUUAAUGUCGUAAUAUUGGAGGACACUUUUCUGAUUUCAUUGUAGUUGAAAACAUUAUUACUAGAAGGUAAGUACAGUGUAUAUACAUUACAUGACUGUCUAUGUGCUUUUACUAUCAAACUAUACAUCUUUAUGUAACUUAAAUGUUUUAUUUUACUAGCAGUGUAUGUUUAAAAUAUGUUCUUAUUGUAUAUGAAAGUCAUUGUAUUUUGUCUCAUUUAAAAGGAGUAAAAUAACAGUAUAAUGUUUUGUCAUUCAACCCUUUUACACACAAUUUAUUUACCUGUCAAUAAUUUAAAUAAGCUGUAGAUCUAAAUCUCUAUUCUACUGUUUCUCUACAUUUAAUAUUCUGAAAUCAUACUUGCUAUUUCUACCUUUUGGUUUCCUUUAAACAAGAGAACCAUUUUAAAGUUUUAUUCAUAUAAAGCAGUAUUGUAUUGUUGUAAUUAUAAUAUAUGUACCUACAUAUAUUGUAAUUUCAUGUAAACUUUAAGCUGCUGAACAAAAAAAACAUAUUAUAUUGUU